AUGGUUCGCAAUAUCGUCGUCCUCGGUGGCUCGUCCCAUCCCGCCCUAACCGACACAAUCUGCGAAAUCCUCGGCAUCCAGCAGGGUCAAGCCCUCUUCUCCAAAUUUUCCGUCGGCGAGACUCGAGUUGAGAUAGAAGAGUCGGUGCGAGGAAAAGAUGUCUAUAUCAUCCAGUCAGGCGGGGGGAAGGUCAACGAUCAUUUUGUCGAACUCCUCAUUGCCAUCUCAGCAUGCAAGACCGCUUCGGCCAAGAAGGUGACCGCCGUUCUUCCACUCUUCCCCUAUUCUCGACAGUCGGACAUUCCCUACAACAAGACCGGCGCCCCUCUCGUCAAGGCCUCCAACCUGUCCAGCAAGUUGGUUCCCGAUUCCAAUGGGUAUACCUUCGACAGCAUUCCGCCCACUCCACACCCGGACCGCGGCGAAAGUCAUGGUUUGGCCAACGGCCAUGGUCACCUGCUCCACAAGGCCGCCUCCAGAUCACAGCUGGACGAUGUCGAGCAGAGCCCGACUCACCAAGCCCGGUUCAGCCACUACCGCGACUCGAGCGCGCAUUCAAGCACAAAGUCAGCCGAGUACUUCCCAGGCCCUCGAAGACGGGGAGACUCGGUCACCUCCACUAACGGAGUUCCCAACGGCGUCCCCAACGGCGUCCCCAACGGCGUCACCAGCCACGACUUCGCCGCCAAGCUGGACCCCCAAGAGAAUUUCAAGCCUCGCCCUGGCUAUCGUCAAUGGGUCGCACAAGCGGGUACUCUGGUGGCCGACUUGCUCACGUGCGCCGGGGCCGAUCACAUCAUCACCAUGGACUUGCAUGAUCCUCAGUACCAAGGCUUCUUCGACAUCCCUGUCGACAAUCUCUACGGCCGGCCACUGCUGAAGAAAUACAUCCAACAGAACAUCCCAGACUACAAGAAUGGGGUGGUUGUCAGUCCCGACGCAGGUGGAGCGAAACGGGCUACUGCCAUUGCCGAUUCUUUGGGAAUUGAGUUUGCCCUCAUUCACAAGGAACGCAGACCGACCAAGAUUACAGACAGGCAAAAUGCCACCAUGAUGUUGGUGGGCGAUGUCACGGGCAGAAUUGCCAUUCUGAUCGACGAUCUAGCCGACACCAGCAACACCAUCACGCGAGCGGCCAAACUUUUGAAGAAGGAGGGUGCCAGCAAGGUGUAUGCCCUGGUCACGCAUGGUGUUUUGAGCGGUGAUGCCAUUGAUCGAAUCAAUGCAAGCGCGCUGGAUAAGGUCAUUGUAACAAACACGGUCGACCAGCAAGAUCAUCGUAGGCGGUGCCCGAAGUUGGAAGUGCUCGAGGUUGGACACAUUUUUGCCGAGGCCAUCCGACGAGUUCACUACGGAGAAAGCAUCAGCGUCCUGUUCCAAUACGAUUAG